AUGAGGUGGUGUCUUGCGUUGCUUAUUUGUUGCUUCCUGGCUGUGGUAAAUGCGCUGAGUAGCUCCGGCAGUCGCCUGUUGGCUAUUCUGGAAGACACAGAACAGAAGAACCUAUACUCCACGUUGUGGACAGACCUAGAGGGUAGUGUACUCCGCCUCAAUCCAAAGAGUCCAGCACGGGGAUACGAUGUCUCAAUCGAAUCUUCUAAGAGUGACCAGCUUGCUCUGUUCAAGCAUGGCGAAAGAGCUUACGACCACCUCCUGAUCCUCCCUCCCAAGUCCAAAGGUGGGCAUACCCGAUUCAAUUGA